UCUCCCGCCAAGAGAGCGCGACCUGAAGAGCCCAAUGUGAAGGUCAUGCCACUGCGGUACGAGACGUGCAACGUCAAGGAUCUUGGCGUGUUGAUUUCCGAUAUGCUCAUGGAGCUGGUGCGCUUGAACGACGGCUAUCCACUGCGCGAUGGCACCCUCACAAGGUUCCACUCAAGAGCUCCGCCUGGAAUAUCCGUGCGCGAAUACCUGUCUCGCCUCAUCGUGCAUGCGACACUGUCGCCCCCUAUCCUUCUUUCCAUGGUCUUUUACGUCGACAAGCUGUGUGCCAUGUACCCUGCUUUCACAAUCAGCAGCCUUACCGUACAUCGAUUCCUCAUAACGGCAGCGACGGUAGCUGCCAAAGGUCUCAGCGACAGCUUUUGGACCAACAGUCUCUACGCAAAAGUGGGGGGCGUCAGUUUGCGAGAACUGGCGCUGUUAGAGCUCGAGUUUCUAAGAAGACUAGAGUGGCGGAUCGUCCCUAAGCCCGAAGUGCUCGUAGAUUACUACAAGGGCUUGGUUGAACGAGGAACAGGCUAUGUUAUAGAG